GAAUUAGCCCUUUGCAGUUAGGUAACAACAUUAGUGAGGUCCAGAUGUGUUCCAUGAUUUUCGGUGCACAACCUUAUAUUUGAAAGAAAUGAAUACGACAAAAACGUUAUUGGUUGCCUUAGUAUUGACAGUGUUCAUAAAUGCAGUGGUGAGCAAGCCUCUGUUCAGUUUUUUCGAUCCUGAACCCUCGCCGGAAUCGAGAGAUGAUGAUGCGCAGGCAACUACCGAUUUGAUCAGACUAAGCGAGGAAGAAUCCAGUUCAUUGAUUCGAUACGAUACUGUUGUUCCGGUCCUUAAAGUUGUUCUAACUCCAAUAGGUCGCAUGCUGCAACCCAUGAUCGAACAGUGGCUGGUGGAUCGGUUUGGAGCCUACAUUGAUACCAUCGGAAGAACGAUGGAGAGUUUUGCCCGUUUUGCAACGGAAACGGUUUCCUUCCAGACGGGAGAUACCUAUUACACCAAGUCGGAUCUGAUCGAUGGCCACGGGUACAAUUCCUUGAUCAUCAAUUUGCCCUCCGGAAGAACACUCACGGUGCUGACACAUAAAUCAAAUCGGAGGCUCAACAUUCUGGACGAAUUCCCACAGCUUUCCGAGGCUUUGAACGAAGUCCGGAAACUUCAGUGAAGGAACUGAUCGAUGAAAUUACAGGAAGCUAUUUAAGACUGAUAACUCGAUUCGCAACAAUUUCUUAAGGUAUUUAGAAGUUACAGAUUAAUUUAUUUACAG